AUGAAUUCAACAUUUGAAUCGAAAUCGAGUUACAUAGCUCCGUCUGUGCCAGAAGAGUUGAAGAUGAGGGCGGCAUCAGCUCCUGAUCUUUCUAAUUCUUCGGAUGAAGAUGAGGACGAGGUGUCGUUGAAGCCACAGCUGUCAGCUCCAUCGUACUUGCAUCACUUCAGAGAAAACGAAUCUCCGCCCUUUUUGAAACCGCAACUAGAGCCACACCCACGUAUCCUGGUAGGCACUAUCAUGAAUAAGGAAGAAGCCGUGGCCAUGAUCGCGGCUGCUGAUGCUGAUAAAGAGAAUGGGCUAAAAAGGUUUAUAGGUAAUUUCCUAAUAGAAAAGAAAAUAGUACACAACUAUGCUAUACCUGAGAAGAAUUUUUUAAUUAGUCUCGUGAUGGAAGUUAUUGAUUACUCGGCGCAGCGGGACUUUGAUGCGUUCAAACUAGCGGUGCUCAUAACGAUAUAUUUGAACUCGCAUCUCUACUUCAAAUGGUACUACUGGCAGUCACCGACAGCGGUCUGGAGUUACUUCAAGCAAGUUAUGAUAAGGCAUACUGUCGAGGACACUCCAGAUGGCGAGGAAGUGUUCAGAGCCCAGGACUGCUACGAUAUCAUCACCCAUUUCCACACAGUAUACCUGUCUAACAUGCCACUGAUUCAUAUCAUCACCUUCGGCACGAAUAGACUCAAACUGAUUUGGCCUUUCAAGAUAGGAGGAAAGUAG